CCCACUCUCGCCCUUCGGCAGCAUCAGCGACAUGCUCGUCCUUAAGCCGCUGUGGCUUGUCUAGUUUGUAUCUUUGGUCCAAUUGUCCACGACCGGGGUUCGUUUUCGCCGCAAGUAAAAGCCAAGUCGUCGUAGACAUGACAAGGACGUAUCUUCUGAAAGGAGACAAUGUUGAAAAGCUGCGGCGCUGGUGCAUGUCCUGAUAAAUACAGCAGGAAGCGAUCUGAUGCAAAUCCAUGGCAUCGGCCAAUGUAACGCUGGAGAAUCAGCUGCAUAGCGCCCAGAAGAACCUGUUGUUCCUCCAGCAGGACCACGCCAACACUCUGAAGGGACUGCACGCAGAGAUCCGACGAUUACAGCAGCAAUGCACAGACCUGACAUAUGAGCUCACUGUGCGAAGCUCCGAUCCUUCAGACAGCAGCGGUGAGGUGCGAUGCCGAGAGCUGCAAAAGAGGUGCGAGGAGCUGGAGGCAGAGCUGAAGAAGAAGGAGGAGGAGAACACAGAGCUGCUGAGGGACUUGGAGCAGAAGAACGCCAUGAUCUUCGUGCUGGAAAACACCAUCAAGGAGCGGGAGAAGAAGUACCUGGAGGAGCUGAAGAUGAAGAGCCACAAGCUGGCCGUUCUGUCCGGAGAGUUGGAGCAGCGAGCCAGCACCAUCGCUUACCUCACGUCACAGCUUCAUGCCACCAAGAAGAAACUUCUGGCGGGCAGCUCUUCGGAGGCUAGCCCCAACGUCAGCCCCGUCACCUUCAAGCCCACUCCUCCGCCGCCCAAAGACAGACAACCUGAAACCCCGCGCCGCCGUAUGAGGAAGAGCCUCUCCCAGCCGCUUCACCCCGAGCUGACCGAGGUGUACCGGCUCGGCGCGGACGGCAAGCGGUUGCUCCUGCGUGAUACGGUGGACGCAAUGCCCGACCCGACGCCCUUCCUGCAGGCGGGGAGAGAGUCUACGGAUCUGCAGGUGGUUCGAGAACGACCCGCCGUCAUACCGCCUAUUGCCUCGGAACGCCCGCCCGUCACUGCCUCGGGGGCCACGGCCAGUCCCCGUCACAGCCCAGCUCGAGACCGCCAGUACAGGGCUCACGUGGGGGUGGCUCACCGCAUCCCCCAUGAGACCCCUCCCUUGGCCCCGCCCCAGGCAGAGUUGGAAACUCUGGCAGUGGAUCAGGUGAAAGAAGAAAGGGUUGUCCGGAAGCGUACUGGGGCUGACAGGACAGUUUAAAGCCGUCGUCACACACGCACACCAAUGCACAUGCUCACACACUUACACGACUCACAAAAUGUUGCAGGCAAUCGGCUUUAUCGUUCCUGAAAUGGACUACAGUGAACCAGCUCAAAUUUAAGGGACGGCGUUCAUCAACAACACCUCCUCUAAUUCACUGUUUUGAUGAUCAGUCCAAAGUCACAUCUUUUAUGAAAAUACUGCUUUGAUGCCAUCCCGUGGCACCCCAAUCAACUAUUUUGAAUUGAGUGGAAGAAGUUUAAUUUAGUAAGGGCACGAUAAUUUGCAGCCUUCUUUUUGGCAAUUUUAGGAAAUUGCAAACCCUUAGGAUGGUGUCACUGUAUACUGAAUUUGACCUUUAAAAUUUUGGAUGUCCCACUUAUGGAAUGUUUCUUUGUUCAUAACUUGCUGCUCUCUGACACAAGCAAAAAUCACAAGAGCUAUUUUUUUUUUCUUCGACAACGUCCACUUUUAUGCCUCUCAGUGACUCUUCCAGUCUCUCUUUAUCUCAGCUGCAACCUGUUGAUGGCACUGACACUCUAAGCUCAGUGGCCACUUCCCUCUGAGGACAUCAGUUUGAAGUCUGACAAUAGCAAGCAAUGGUCGAUGUCAUCUGGAUCUUGAGCCUGUUUAAAUGCAGAUUCUCUCAAAAAAGGAAGCUGCUCGAUGGUAUCAAUUUUGCUAUUUACGUCCUUGUCAGAGAACAGCAAGUUGUGCUGAAAAGUACUGACACAUUGUUGAUUGUGUAUUCAAAACUUCACUAAAUGUGACAGUCCAUUUUAGGUUCAUCCUGAAGUUUCACCCAAAAGCCAGAUAUGCCAAAAUUUUGUGAGCAGUGUAUCGCCGUGUAAAGAUACACAAGAGGCAGCGAGGAGCCCAAGCACUGUGUAGCCUGCUUUGUACGCAAAACACUGUAACGUAAAAUGAAAAUGACGCCAUGGAUCAACGGGCGUUUCUUCAUGCACAAUUGAAAAGGACAACUGUACCGCAAAGCAUGCCAAAUGUUUCUUCUUUACAACCCUACCGAGUGUUGAAUGACUACGCAUCAUUCUGUUCUAUGGUGCAAUCAACACAUCCUCAGCCAAAUAUCUGCAUCAGUGCCUGCUUGGUGCAAACAACUCGCACACACUGCAUAGUGAGGUUAUGGCGACCAAUUGUGUCCGGAUGUCACGACAAACUGUAUAACCAGAUGUCUACAGCCGCUAAGGACAACAGCAAUGAUUUAGCUGAUGCUCUCCGAAUGUCUUUCACACGCUUGCAAUGUCAGUAUAAUUCCAUUACUGUAGGUUGCAUACUCAAGGUGAAGCGGUAAUGGCACAUGCAUAUAUGCUUCAAUUCCAUGCGAGCUAAAAGUCGUGUCUUUUGGAAAAAGAUGGAAACAUCUGCAUUAUCUGUGUUAUUUGUGAUACAAGGGCAUUUGGAAAAGUACUGCUGUAAUAGGAUUUUCUGAUAUAAUUAUACUUUAUAAAGGUUGUACAUUUGGAAGCAAUUCCUGUUUUUUUUUUUUUAUUCUGUUUAUUAGAGAAUACAACAACACCUCAAAUGGUAAUGUCACUUUAUAUCCUGCUUUUCACAUAACACUUAUCCUUGAAUAAUAAUAUAAAUCCACACAAUAAAGCUUUUUUUGCCGAUUGCCUACUUGCUUCUUGCAUGCAUGUUUCAUGUCCUUAGGUUUCAUCGGGCAAUAUCAGAUGCUACUUAUCAUUCACGGGAGAUACAGCAAGCCCAUGCACAUAUUAUACAUAAAAAGGAUGAUUCCCUGCCCUUUUGUCUAUCAGAAGAAAAACGCGAGUGAACGAUUCGUGCAAAAGAACGAAUCUUUUCAGUAAACGAGAGUGAAAGAAUACUUUCCUAAAGUGAUUCUUUUUUCAGUUCAUAUGACUUCAACCAGUAGGUGUCAGUAAUGCACAUUGAAGCUGGUGCCAGCUCACAGUGAAACAAAACGAAGAAGAAAAUGACGUAACUUCCCGUUCACGAACGAGUCGUGAAUUGCAUUUCCCGUUCACCAGCUGAAUGGAUCUGUGAGUGAACGAGUCACUGAGGGAGUGAUUUGCAAUUCCAGCCCCUCAAGGACUGGAGGUCGACACCCCUGGUUUAAGCCCUCACCGCCACUUACUGAUUGGCUGUUUGAUCUAUGACGUCACUUGGACACUCCAUUAGGUACACCAACAUUUUCAGGUUCAUUCGUGAAGACCAUGCCAGCCGACACACGUUAUGCCGACAUUGAUGUUUUAAUUGUGUAUUUGUUGAUGGUGUUAUUACAUUGAAUGUGUUUGUGUUUGAA